UCUUUCCAAAAAGGCUUGGAUUAUCACCCUAUGAUUGUAUCUUCAUCAUUUUACAGAAUCAUUUAGAAGCUAUGGGCGGAGUGUGCUAUUUCCUUCGGUCGUGACUUUUGAAGAAUACAAAAGGCAGGAAACGGUCGUCCUAGAAACAGCAUUAAAGAGUUCAAUCGUCACAACGAGCAGAAGAACAGAACAAAACAGAACAUACAAAGUAACCGUUGUUACAAUACAUUCGAUGAUCGACGCAACAAUAUCUAAUCCUGAGUGGUGGGAGCAAAGAGAGUGCUGCGAUGGGACGAAGUUUUACUACAACGUCGCCACACACCAAAGAACAAAACUAAAUCCUAGCCGUGGUCCACUACCCCCAGGCUGGGCCGAAAUUCAUACAGAUGGAGAAAUUCAAGCCCUUCAACAACGUACCGGGAUCAUUGCAAAAGCAGACCCACGAUGUUACGAGCCAGAUCACGAGAAGAGAGUGGCAGCUACAAUUCACGACUGGACUACACACCGGGCAAGCCCUUUGUAUUGCAUGCCUACUGCUCACAGCGUCUUGCGAAUCAUCUGGAGAGAUGUGGAAAUGCAUCUUUCCGGAUUCCGGCUGGACAUAGAAACGUACGAGAAACUGGGUACGAGAGCUAUCUUCAAUGCUAAGCUCAUUGAGAGUUUGGAUGACAACAUCCAAACCAUCGAGACAUGGCGUGCUAUGGCCGAAAAACAAGUGGAAAAGUUGGAAAAAGAUGCCGCCAUUUCAGGAAGAAACAUGAACGUGGAGGGAUUGCGAAGGAAUUUUGACGCAUUUCGCAAAGCUGUUGAUGCGGCUGCACAAGAAAUGCAUGGAGGAUGGUCGAAAGUAGAGCACAACAAGUAUUUAUUAGAGUCAUUGGAAGUGUUCUUUGCAUCAUUGAGGAGUACAACGUGGGGAUAGAAUCGCGGCGACACUCCACUCGCGGUGUAUUUAAUUAGUCUAGAAGAUCUUGCUUAGAACUCUUUUCACCUGAU